AUGGCGCAGUGGUUUGGAGGCUCUAGAAUGUGCUCUGCAGCUGGAGAAAAGUGUCAACCAGUCCCUUUUGGAUCUGCACAAAUUGGCUACAGAUUGCAAUGA